CGUGAAGUAUGGCAUGCAAAGAUGGUUUCUGCCAAGGAGCCAGCCAUCGCCAUGUCCUCGGGUCUCUCCAUCGCCCUCCUGCACUGCCUGUGCCUGGCGACGUGUCUCACCGGGCCGCCAGGGCAGAGCAAAAAAGAGGAGAAAUUGUGGCCGGAGAAUUUCACCAGCAUCCUGAACAGCCUCCUGGAUGGCUAUGACAACCGGCUGCGACCGGGAUUCGGGGGUCCUGUUACUGAAGUCAAAACAGAUAUAUAUGUCACCAGUUUUGGACCUGUUUCUGAUGUAGAAAUGGAAUAUACAAUGGAUGUCUUCUUCCGUCAGACAUGGGUAGACAAAAGAUUAAAAUAUGAUGGCCCUAUUGAAAUUUUAAGACUUAACAACUUGAUGGUUUCAAAGGUGUGGACUCCUGACACUUUCUUCAGGAAUGGGAAAAAGUCUGUUGCACAUAAUAUGACAGCCCCAAAUAAACUCUUCAGAAUCAUGAGAAAUGGCACCAUCCUGUACACAAUGAGGCUUACAAUAAGUGCAGAGUGUCCCAUGAGAUUAGUGGAUUUUCCCAUGGAUGGUCAUGCUUGUCCUCUCAAAUUUGGGAGUUAUGCUUAUCCAAAGAGUGAAAUGAUUUAUACCUGGACAAAAGGACCUGAGAAGUCAGUGGAAGUUCCUGAAGAGUCUUCCAGUUUAGUUCAGUAUGACCUGCUUGGGCAUACGGUAUCCACUGAAACCAUUAAAUCUAUUACAGGUGAAUAUAUUGUUAUGACAGUUUACUUCCACCUGAGACGGAAAAUGGGUUAUUUUAUGAUUCAGACUUAUAUCCCAUGCAUUAUGACCGUGAUCCUUUCUCAAGUUUCAUUUUGGAUAAAUAAGGAAUCUGUUCCAGCUAGAACUGUGUUUGGAAUAACCACAGUGUUGACAAUGACGACACUGAGCAUCAGUGCAAGACACUCACUGCCAAAAGUAUCCUAUGCUACUGCCAUGGACUGGUUCAUAGCGGUCUGCUUUGCCUUUGUGUUCUCUGCUCUUAUUGAGUUUGCUGCUGUCAACUAUUUUACUAAUAUUCAAAUGGAAAAAGCCAAAAGGAAGACAGUAAAAUCCCUUCUUGAAUUUCCAGUUGCUCCAAUACAAAGAGAAAGAAGUACAGAAGAGACACUCAUGAGUACAGAUGCCAAUUCAAAUGUGAGGAAAAGAACGAAUGCCAUGGUACAGUCUGAAGCUGAUGGUGGGAGCCGAAUUGACACAAGGCACAGCUCCAUCCAGCCUCCCUCUGUAGCUCAGGGGUCUUCUGACAUUACACCCCGCUCCCUUUCUGCAUCAAGUCCCAACCCUUUCACACGCAUCAAUGCAUCAGAGACAUUAUCUUCUGCAAGAGCUACCCCUCCAGCUCCUCCUUCUACCCCAAUUUUAACUGGAUUUGUAUCCCAGCAUGCCACAGCUGGAUCCCCUUCCAUUCAGCACUUGCUUGGAUCUAGACUGGAGCAGAUUCAGACCACCACACCUAAUACAUUAGGAGCAUCUGCAAAGCCAUCUGCUGUCACACCACCUGCUCCCCCCGCCUCCCACUCUGGCACGACUAGCAGUGAACCAUCACUCUCUUCAGACAGACUACUCUGGCUACACAGAACUUGCCUUUGGGAGGAACAUGCACCUGAAACAAAGGCAGAGGUGCACAGCUGUGCAGUGGAACACAUCUUGACUGCUAGGAGUAUGCAUGUUGAUUAUUACAAAUCCCUGAGGCACCCAGCGCUGCUGUCUGGACACAGCAUUGCAUUCUCGGAGUGCAAGGUCCAUGUCUUGAAUAUUUUGAUAGUGCUUGCUAGAAAAGGACUUUCCCUGCUAGAUUAAAAUUGGCAGAAUGGGAGGAAGAAAAGGAACAGUGGAAAAAGAGAAGGGAGUCCAGCCU